AUGCUAAUCACCGUACAGACGUUGCAGAACGAUACGUUUGUAAUUGAAAUAAAUCCUGAAGAGACGAUAUUUCAAUUAAAGGAGAGAAUCUAUAUUGAAAGAGGGACAGAAUACAAUGUUGAAAAUCAAAAACUGAUAUAUUCUGGUGUAAUACUCAGUAACGAGCGCAGUAUUAAUUCAUAUAAUAUAGACGAAAGCAAGUUCAUCGUGAUAAUACUUAACGGUAGUUUUGAAAACUAUUUUCAGAAACCUGAUGGAGGAUGUUUUCCCUCAUCCGUUGUAUCAUCGGUUUCCACUACUCAAAAGGCGGACGAAUGUAACAAAUUACCAGACCGUAUAACAACAGCGGAUUCAUUCAAAGAAGUAUCAGUGCCGCAGGCCACACAAACUGAAAUUAAAGCGAUAUCAUUAAAUAAUGGCAAUGAUGACUCUGUUGGGGAAAGUCAAUCUGUAGGUAGUACUGACAACAUUAAUGGAGCAGCUGCUUUGGAAUUCACUGAAAGCAAUACAAGCAUAUUGUCUAGUGGGUCAGGGGUUUUGUUUUUUUCCAGAAGCGGUAAUGAAUCUGGGGGCUCUGAAACUAGUCAUAGCACUUAUUCUAGUGGUGAUCUUGCUGGAGUGUUUUCUAAUACUUCAAUACAAUCAAGAGCUGAAAUAAAUGUACCCUUGGACUCAGAAUACGAACAUACAAUUGAGUCUAUAAUGGAAAUGGGCUUUAGCCGUGAAAAUGUUGAAAAAGCAAUGUCAGUCAGUUUUAACAAUCCAGAAAGGGCCGUAGAAUACUUAAUUAGCGGUACAACUGAAACAUCGGAUAGUUUCAGUACAACUACCACAGUUGCACGAGAUAGCGUAAAGCUUAAAUAUAAUAUUGAUGCAAAUAAUGAUGGCGAAAACUGCAACAACGCUAGAGAGUCCGCUCGUAUUGGCGAUGAUGAAAGCAGUCAGGUGUCAUCAAUCCGCUUUAAUAGCAUUAGCAAAAUAUACCAUUGUCAAGAGAGUGGUUGUUGUGGUGGGCCCCGGACGGGGGAAAGUCAACAUGCGACAUUAUGUAAUCUUGUUCGUCUCAAUCAAGAUAGUGACGUCGGUAACUUAAAGGAUUAUAAAACUCAGCCCCAAGAUGACAAGGAACCGAUGAAAGAAAAUUCUAAGGAACUUGAUGAAAAUAUGCCAAAAGAAGUCCAGUCUUACAACCUUGUCAGUGGAGAUACUCAAAAUAAUGGAUUAGGGAGUGUUUUGGCUUCUGUCGGAAGUAAUACUAGUAUGUCCUCAAGUGGAUCCGGCGUAUUUCCUCUUUCCGGCAGAAGUACUAGAUCUGAAGGUUCUGAAAACAGCCACAGCACAUUUUCAAGUGGUGACCUCGCAGGUGUGUUCUCUAAUACUUCAAUGAAAUCAAGAUCCGAAUCAAAUUUGGCAGUGAGUGAAGAAUAUAAUCGUACUAUUGAAUCAAUGAUAGAAAUGGGUUUUAGUCGUGAAACUGUUGAACACGCUAUGACUGCUUGUUUCAAUAAUACGGAGAGAGCAAUAGAAUUUUUAAUAAGUGGAUUGUCAGAUACUUCAGAGAUAUUUAAUAGCAAUACAACUAAUGAAGCAGAUAAUGGCUCCAAUAUUGUGGAAAGUAAUAGUAAUAGGGUGUAUGACGAAGAGAGAGAUCGUUUGUCAAAUUCCAUUGCUGAAAUUGGCUUAAAUUUCAGUUACAGAGUUGAAGAGUAUGACGACGAUCAACGGCCUUUAGAAAACAAUCGCACGGCAUUGCGAUAUGUUACAGGUGAAUGUGACUAUCCAUUUGAAAUAUUUCGCAAUCAACCGCAGUUCUUACUAAUGCGUUCGUUGAUGUAUCACAAUCCGGACGCUUUACAUGGAGUACUCCAGCAAAUUGGGCAAACUAAUCCAGCGCUUCUACAACUUAUAUCGGAAAACCAAGAUGCUUUCCUAAGGAUGUUAAGUCAAACUUUGGAGGGACGUGCUGAUAUAAACCGGCAACAUCCUCGUCGGAUGACAGCGGGGCGACGUGCACAGCUUGCUGCUGCAGUUCGCGCUGCAGCUGGCGGAGAUGGAUUGCAUGUACGUUCUACUGAUAUAGACCCUGGUGCAGGCGGUGACGGACUACUUACACACCAGCGACCUGGAGAAAGUGGUGAUGCAGGGGCCGAUACAGUACCACAUGUCUUUUCAUCUGCACAACCAGAUAGAGCGGCAGAACGUCGAGCAGCCGCUGCUGAUGCGUUCUUACGUGAAAGAGCUGCAGCUGCAGUUGCAGUAGCGACUUUAACUGCAGAUACCUCUGAUACAAUUCAUAACGAAAUUUAUGAAGAUGGAGGUGCUACAAGCACAAUAGAUAACGAUAAUUUAUCUGCCACUAGCCGUCCACAAGGACAUAGAAACAUGAAAUUUCUACUCACAACACAAGACGAGGAAGCAAUUAAUCGCCUUAAAUCACUUGGUUUUUCAGAAUCCCUGGCAUUGCAAGCAUAUUUUGCUUGCGAAAAAAACGAGCAAUUAGCGGCGAACUUUUUACUAUCUUCAGCGUUAAGUGAUUAGGAAAUUUGUUUUGUUUUAAACUACUUAACAUUUAGACUCGUAAGAUAAGUAAUCA